AUGACGACGGAGAAUGUCAUCAUUCAUCCAACAGGGUAUGACUGGGUAUGUGGAUAUGGCACUAUGCGAAGCACGGUGUCAAUACGUCAAAUGAAGAGACGACCUAGCCAGCUGAGAUCAGCGUCCCGGAUGUCCUCCUCGACUCAAAUGACCUUGCAAAGUUCCGCUUCACCUACGAGGAAAAUCACCUUAGUUGGAGAGAACGGCACGAACCUCAACCUCUCGGACGAAUCCCUGAACGCGCAAUCGCCGCUCCCGAUGAGAGAUGAUUCGGACGAUGAGGGGGCCAUCGAGAUCAACUUUAAGCGAAGGGACGAAAACG